GCGGUGUCAGAAACCCUGUGGUGAAAUUCAGCCUCUGGAUUCCAGAAAUUUGGAGUGUUUUCCUGGGGGGAAAAAUCCACAUACACAAAACAACAGUUGGAAUCCCUGUGGACUCUAAAUUGCUUCCUCUGAGGUCAAGGAACACAAGAUGGUUUUGGAAAUGCUGAACCCAACGCAUUAUAACAUCACCAGCAUGGUGCCUGAAGUCAUGCCUGCUGCCACCAUGCCAAUCCUGCUGCUCACCGGCCUUCUCCUCUUGGUUUGGAAUUAUGAGGACACGUCCUCAAUACCAGGUCCCGGCUACUGCAUGGGAAUCGGGCCGCUCCUCUCCCACGGCAGAUUCCUGUGGAUGGGCAUAGGCAGUGCCUGCAACUACUACAACAAGAUGUAUGGAGAGUUCAUGCGAGUCUGGAUAUGUGGAGAGGAGACUCUCAUUAUCAGCAAAUCCUCAAGUAUGUUCCAUGUAAUGAAGCACAGUCACUACAGUUCCCGAUUUGGCAGCAAACUUGGGUUGCAGUGCAUCGGUAUGCAUGAGAACGGCAUCAUAUUUAACAACAAUCCAGCCCUCUGGAAAGCAAUUCGACCUUUCUUUAUAAAAGCUCUGUCGGGCCCCAGCCUUGUUCGCAUGGUGGCGAUUUGCGUUGACUCCAUCAUAACACACCUGGACAGGUUGGAGGAGGUGACCAACAAGUCAGGCUACGUUGAUGUGUUGACCCUCAUGCGGCGCAUCAUGCUGGACACCUCUAACGUGCUCUUCCUGGGGAUCCCCUUGGACGAAUCUGCCAUCGUGGUUAAAAUCCAGUGUUAUUUUGACGCGUGGCAAGCUCUUCUUCUCAAACCAGACAUCUUCUUUAAGAUUUCGUGGCUGUACAGAAAGUAUGAAAAGUCCAUCAAGGAUUUGAAAGAUACCAUAGAAAUUCUGAUAGAAGAAAAAAGACGCAGAAUUUCCACAGCAGAGAAACUGGAAGAAUGUAUGGACUUUACUACUGAGUUGAUUUUUGCCGAGAAACGUGGUGACCUGACCAGAGAGAACGUGAACCAGUGCGUCCUGGAAAUGCUGAUCGCAGCCCCUGAUACCAUGUCUAUCUCUGUGUUUUUCUUGCUGUUCCUCAUCGCAAAGCACCCUAAGGUGGAAGAGGCAAUAAUGAAGGAAAUCCAGACUGUUGUUGGUGAAAGAGACAUAAGGAUUGAAGAUAUGCAAAAAUUAAAAGUGGUGGAAAACUGCAUCUAUGAGAGCAUGCGGUACCAGCCUGUCGUGGACCUGGUCAUGCGCAAAGCCUUACAAGAUGACGUCAUCGAUGGCUACCCAGUAAAAAAGGGGACUAACAUUAUCCUGAAUAUUGGAAGAAUGCACAGACUCGAGUUUUUCCCCAAGCCCAAUGAAUUUACUCUUGAAAACUUUGAGAAGAAUGUUCCUUACAGGUAUUUUCAGCCAUUUGGUUUUGGGCCCCGUGCCUGUGCAGGAAAGUACAUCGCCAUGGUGAUGAUGAAAGCCAUCCUCGUGACACUUCUGAGACGAUUCCAUGUGCAGACGUUGCAAGGAAAGUGUGUUGAGAACAUGCAGAAAAGAAAUGACUUGUCCUUACACCCUGAUGAGGCCAACAACCUUCUGGAAAUGAUUUUUGUGCCAAGAAACUCAGACAAAUGCCUCGACCACUAAAGAAAGCUGGCCAGUACCUACUCUGGAGCAUUUCUCUCAUCAGUAGUUUACAUGGAAAUCAUCCAUCCUUACCAGGUAGAGUCAUCCUCAGAGUGAACAUUCUGUGGCGCGUGGUGUUCUCUAGGCGUACCUCCUAUGGGUUGUCCACAAGAUGGGAACCGUCAGUCAUCUGCUGUUGCUCAACGCAGAAAGCCAGGCUGCCAGAGAAAAGACAGAGGCCAAGAGUCUGCAGGGGAAAUGGUCAGUGAAGAAACUGCAGCUCUAAAGGCCCAAUUCCACAAAAUGUGCUUCAGAAAGGACAGGCCAUCAGCAAAAACGUAUGUCUGGUUUCCCGCUGGAUCUCCAAGGCCCUGCCCCAAGGGCAUUUUCAUGUCCCAGGCAGAAGCACUCAAGUUUAUUAGAAGAGCCAAGCCAAUGUCUGGGUAUCAGGGCCAAACAUACCUGCUAGUGUAGACAAAAAUACUUUAAUUUGGUUUCUUUGGGGGUGGGAUAGCAACUUUCAUAGUCUUUGGAGAAAUGCUUACAAAUUCAGCACUUGACUUUUCCCGUGAAUUAUGCCCAAUUAACUCCUAUUUAUCCACAUGUGAUCUGUCUGUGACAUAAGUUAAAUCGGAGGA